AUGGUAUAUGAAUUAUCUAACUCUCCAUCCCUGAUUGUUCAUAUCUAUCUAUCUAUCUAUCUAUCUAUCUAUCUAUCUAUCUAUCUAUCUAUCUAUCUAUCUAUCUCAGUCUCUUCCUUAUCUAUCUAUCUAUCUAUCUAUCUAUCUCCAUCCUCAUGCAAACUAAAUAGGUAUCUAUCUAUCUAUCUAUCUCAUCCUAUUUUUAUCUAUCUAUCUAUCUAUCUAUCUAUCUAUCUAUCUCAUUCUGUUUCUAUCUAUCUAUCUAUCUAUCUAUCUAUCUAUCUAUCUAUCUAUCUAUGUGUUUCCCUCUGUCCGCCUAUCUAUCUAUCUAUCUAUCUAUCUAUCUAUCUAUCUAUCUAUCUAUCUCCAUCUCUGCAAUAUAUAUAUAUAUAUAUAUAUAUAUAUGUCAGUCUUCAGUCUAUUCAUAUAAUCUAUCUAUCUAUCUAUCUAUCUAUCUAUCUAUCUAUCUAUCUAUCAUGUUUUCCAUUCUUUUUUCUUUUCCUGUUCUUUUCCAUUUCUUUUCCUUUUCGCCUUUCUUUUCUUUACUUUUUCUUUUCGCCUUUCUUUUCUUUUCCUUUUCUUUACUUUUCGUUUACUUUUCUUUUUUCGUUUCUUUUUCUCCAUUCAUUUUUUUUUACCUUUUCGCCUUUCCUUUUUCUUUUACUUUUUUGUUCUUUUCCCUUUUCUUUUUCUUUUCCUUUUCUGUUCUAUUCCUUUUUCUUUUGUUUUCCUUUACUUUUUUCCUUUCUUUUUUUUACCCUUUCUCCCUUCUUUUUUCUUUUCAUUUUCUCUUCUUUUCUUUUACUUUUAUUUUCUUUUUCUCCUUUCUUUUUUCUUUUCCUUUUCUCUUUUUUCCUUUUUCUUUUCUUUUCUUUUGGUCCUUUCUUUUUUCUUUUCCUUUUCCUUUCCUUUUUCUUUUCUUUUCUUUUUCUCCUUUCUUUUUUCUUUUCCUUUCUUUUUCUUUUGCUUUUCUUUUUCUUUUCCUUUUCUUCUUUCUCUUCCUUUUUCUUUUCUUUUCUUUUUGUCCAUUCUUUUUCUUUUUCUUUUCCUUUGCUUUUCCUUUACUUUUUCUUUUCCUUUUCUCUUUUUCUUUUUUCUUUUCUUUUCUUUUUGUCCUUUCUGUUUUCUUUUUCUUUUCCUUUACUUUUUCUUUUCUUUUUUCUUUUCCUUUUCUUUUGCUUUUUCUCCUUUCUCUUCCUUUCUUUACCUUUUUUCUUGUCUUUUCUUUUCUUUUCUUUUCCGUAUUUCUUUGUUGCUUCCCGUAUCUUUUCCUUCCACCCUUUGUUGGAUUAUCACCCCUGA